ACUCCUUCGCGACGCUCCGGCCGGGUGCCGCUGGAGGCCGUUGCUAGGGUGGGGGGCGCUUUGCGGCAUGGCGAUGGCGGAGGGUGAGCGGACUGAGUGUGCGGAGCCCCCUCGGGACGAGCCCCCGGCUGAGGGCUCUCUGAAGCGGGCGGAGGAGCUCAAGACGCAGGCCAACGAUUACUUCAAAGCCAAGGACUAUGAGAACGCCAUCAAGUUCUACAGCCAGGCCAUCGAGUUGAACCCCAGCAAUGCCAUCUACUAUGGCAACCGCAGCCUGGCCUACCUGCGCACCGAGUGCUAUGGCUACGCGCUGGCCGACGCCACUCGCGCCAUCGAGCUCGACAAGAAGUACAUCAAGGGCUACUACCGCCGGGCGGCCAGCAACAUGGCACUGGGCAAGUUCCGGGCUGCCCUGCGUGACUACGAGACGGUGGUGAAGGUGAAGCCCCACGACAAGGACGCCAAAGUGAAGUACCAGGAGUGCAACAAGAUCGUGAAGCAGAAGGCCUUCGAGCGGGCCAUCGCGGGCGACGAGCAUAAACGCUCCGUGGUGGACUCACUGGACAUCGAGAGCAUGACCAUUGAGGAUGAGUACAGCGGGCCCAAGCUGGAAGAUGGCAGAGUGACAGUCACCUUCAUGAAGGAACUCAUGCAGUGGUACAAGGACCAGAAGAAGCUGCACCGGAAGUGCGCCUACCAGAUUCUGGUGCAGGUCAAAGAGGUACUGUCGCAGCUGAGCACACUUGUGGAGACCACGCUGAAAGAGACAGAGAAGAUUACAGUUUGUGGGGACACGCACGGCCAGUUCUAUGACCUCCUCAACAUAUUCGAUCUCAACGGUUUACCCUCCGAGACCAACCCCUAUAUAUUUAAUGGCGACUUCGUGGACCGAGGUUCCUUCUCCGUGGAAGUCAUCCUUACCCUCUUCGGCUUUAAGCUCCUGUACCCAGAUCACUUUCACCUGCUUCGAGGCAACCAUGAGACGGACAACAUGAACCAGAUCUAUGGCUUCGAGGGUGAGGUGAAGGCCAAGUACACGGCGCAGAUGUACGAGCUCUUCAGCGAGGUGUUCGAGUGGCUCCCGCUGGCCCAGUGCAUCAACGGCAAAGUGCUGAUCAUGCACGGGGGCUUGUUCAGUGAGGACGGUGUCACACUGGACGACAUCCGCAAGAUUGAGCGGAAUCGGCAGCCCCCAGAUUCAGGUCCCAUGUGCGACCUGCUUUGGUCGGACCCGCAGCCGCAGAAUGGGCGCUCGGUCAGCAAGCGGGGCGUCAGCUGCCAGUUCGGGCCUGACGUCACCAAGGCCUUCCUGGAGGAGAACCACCUGGACUACAUCAUCCGCAGUCACGAGGUCAAGGCCGAGGGCUACGAGGUAGCCCACAACGGCCGCUGCGUCACUGUCUUCUCUGCCCCCAACUACUGUGACCAGAUGGGGAACAAAGCUUCCUACAUCCACCUCCGGGGCUCUGACCUACGGCCCCAGUUCCACCAGUUCACAGCAGUGCCUCACCCCGACGUCAAGCCCAUGGCCUACGCCUCCACGCUGCUGCAGCUGGGGAUGAUGUGAGCCCUGAGGGCCGCACCCCACGUUGGACCCCUCCCUUUUUAUUUUGUAAAGUUUGUAUUUAUUCCCCUUUAGGUUUGCAGAGGGGCUGGGGGCAGCCGGAAGGGUCUGCAGGGAGGCCAGGCGGGCAGGGCGGGGCCCACAGGCCUCUCCCCUCGUCUGCACGGCCCCUCCCCCGCUAAAGCAAUAGGGCCCCCCCCAAAUGGAGGGUCAUCAGGGAGGCCUCACCUGCAUCCCCUCCUGGCAGCCCCGGGGUGGGGCUCACCCUCUCCCCCAGCUAUUUUAUGUCUAUAAUUAAAUAUGUUAAAAUAAAGUCAUUAUUAUAAGUCA